GUUUCCUUCUCGCCAUGUUUGCCUGGUUGCGUCAGGAUGAAGGAGCUAGCUUAGCCAGCCGAGCUGUCCGCGGAGACACGAUGAGACAGAAAAUGACUCAUUGACUACAGUGAAGUCCAUAUUUGAAAGUACGUAAACUUAAAACCUCUAUUUUAAAGCUACUGUGGGACAUGUUAUCACGAGAUGUGUUAAAAUGACCUUGGAGAGGCUGUGUGAGUUAGUUUGGGUGUGCCAGCUGAUGUUGCUAAUGCUAACAGUGUCCUCUAAUGUAGCAAAUGCUAACCGACGAAAAGUGGGGCAACAAAAUGUCAGCGUGUACCAAAACAUGAUAUCUAGUCGAGAUGAGGUCCAAAUACAGACAUAAAACGCUUUUUACUACAGAGAUUCGCAAGAUCACAAAGUAGUCUGCUUUAAUUACCGGCUUUGUCCGUCAGGUUUUGACAGGAUGUUAACCCUCAGAGCUCCCAGCUAUAUUUUGCCAUUUUUGGUCUGCCUGUUUUCUCUAUUUCUGUAAAAAUCUAUGUAUCAACUCUAUCCUUUCAAGCACAGAAAAUAUAUAAACAUCUUUUUUUUCAGGAGAACCUCAGCUGUCAGUGUAUGGAGCGUUAAUGAUGUAAAAUGAAUGUGACAGUAGAUUCAGAACCAUCAAAGUCCACCCAAAAACAAAAACAAAAUUAAUAACACAUAAAAACACAUAAAUCUACAGUGACCAAGCCUUUUCUCACCUGCACACCAUUCUCUCAAGUCUUGGCUAUCAGGAGAAGAAAUAUUGGGAUUGGAACAAACACACAACAGAAUCUAUUUACAUAUUUACACUAAUUCUUUUUAGGUGUUUUUUACUAUAGUUGUUUAUGCCACUCCUUGAAGCAGUUCCUGUCUGGGAUGAGACAGAGGGUCACAUCAUACUGCUCAUAAUCUCUUCUUUGCUUGUUUCCAAGCAUUGAGGACCAUUAUUUCUCAUGUUGCAGACAAGCAGGGAACUUUCUUGUCUCUUGUUGAUGUUUGGUUGCCUCUUAUUGGACACUACCGUCAAGGGAACAGUAGAAGAAGAAUAUGAGACCAUGUAAUUGGUCCAAAGUUUGAUUAAAAAAAGACAUAAUUAGAACAGCUUGUCAAAUCAGGAAGACAUUAGCGCAUUUAGUGAUAGUGAUCUUUUUUUUAUCACAACAAUUAUCACUGCAGAUUUACCAUCAAACAUCUUCGAUCAAACAUGUAUUUUUGUGGCUGGAUUGUAAACCUUAUGGCAGGUGCAGAAAUGCCUGGAAACCCUCAAUAGAUCGCCAAAAGAGUAAGGUUUUGAACACUUUUUAUCCCAUAGAGAUACAUGGAAUAGUUGCAGAGAAUCAAUAUUAAUGGUGUCAGGUGGGAUCGCUGGUUGAUAAGUGUCAACCUGAGACACCUGCCAGCUGAUCACAAUGACAGCUGGGAUCUGGCUUUUCAUUUAUUUUCUCUCUGUGAUCAGCAGAUAAAGACGAGGCUUGGAACUUGGGUAGCAGAAAGGCAACCUUGGACCAUGUUAGCGCGUCUGUUCCGGCUCCACGGCCUGCUAGUGGCCUCCCACCCAUGGGAAGUAAUCGUGGGCACCCUCGCUCUCACUGUCUGCCUCAUGUCCAUGAACAGCCUGGCAACCAGCAGCCAGGUGUGCAGCUGGAAUGAGUGCCCGAAAGUGGAAGAGGUGAGGCUGGGUGUGGAAGGGAAGUUUCAGGUAAUCUUACAUGUGUGUAAACUUUAUUUGAAGAAGUUUAACUAAGUCUCUUUUGUUUCAGAAAAUCCACAGCAGUGAUGUAAUCAUCCUUACUAUCACGCGCUGCAUGGCCAUCGUUUACAUCUAUUUCCAGUUCAAGAAUCUGCGUCAGUUAGGAUCCAAAUAUAUACUGGGUGUGUAUGAGUCACUCUUUUACCAUUGCUUAAUAUUAAAUAAUGUCCAUCCUUAUUCAGGAUGAAUUUACAUGUUGCUCUCUACCUACAGGUAUCGCAGGGUUAUUCACAGUAUUUUCCAGCUUUGUUUUCAGUACGGUGGUUAUCCAUUUCUUCGGGAAAGAGCUGACAGGGCUCAAGUAAGUACUUUGCAUUAACAGGGAUACACUUCUGUUGAUUGUUAUGUGAACAUUUUCCAGGUUUAGUAAAAUAAAGGAAGAAUUGUGUUAAAAAGACAUCUCUAAAUCAUUGGAUUUAACUGCAGGACUUGACUCUAACUUUUUUCACAAGGAGCACAUGUGCUCUUAAGUUAAAAAAGUGAGGAGCUCACAAAGAACUUUAGGGGCACAAUGAAAAUUGAUCAAAUAAUGUUUGUCUUAUUGUCUGGCCGUUAGUACUAUUAUUUGACAUCAAUUUUUGGUCAAUUGGUCACAUGACUUGACAGCUAUUGAAGAAAAACAGCGUUUCUGAGAAAAUCAACCGAUAAUUUAUAGAUGGUCGCUUAUCCAAUACCUGACGUGGAUUUAACCGAGCUGCAUCUGCUAUUCCUGGUUAUGGAGAGUGAGAAGACCGCAGUGGAUCCACAGUGAAUAUCCCUCUGAUAUCCAACCUAAAACUAACUUUACUGCGGUAUUUACAUGAAAAAACAUUUGUUGAUUUUUUAUUUUUUUUUAUGUGCACAUGUGCCGCUAAUUACUUUUUACAAGUCACACACAUCUUUUUUAGUCACAAAUGCAAGAGAAACGGUCGCACUGUCGAGCCUUGAUCUGGUUCAGUCCAUCACAGAGACAGUUUUGUAAUAGGCAGCAUCCCAAGUAUUCCAAAUAUUACAUUUCAAAUUUUAACCCAGUGUUGAAGAAGAGGAUUAACUCAGUAUCCCUCGACCAGUUCAUCAUGGUGACUGGGUCUGGAAUCAAUCAGUUCAUUCAAUUCCAGGGAUGUUAGCAGUGGUUGUAUGAAAGUGCCACUUGAAGAGUUUGUACUGUCCCACAACCAAUCAGAUCAACACGAUGUAUCACAUGGCCACAGAAAUUUAAAGAGUAAAGAAACACAUCUGUCCUUUUUGGUGUUAUAAUGACAAUAAAUUGUUUGAUGGUGGCCAUGCUAGCAGAUUUUUAUGUAACUUUCAGCAGUAGAGGUUGCCAUCUUGUUUUUUUUGCAAUUCUGUUGAAGCGCCAUUCCAAUGUGAAACAUUAAACACCUACAGUAUAUGUCGUGUUUAUAUACAUUAAAAUACGCUUAAUUCUACAUACAGACAAUGUCUCCACAGCCUGACUUAUCUUGCAGGGGUCCUUUCCAACCUGAUCAGGAGUCUUUCAUUUUGGUUGUGAUUAAAUAAAGCCACACAUUGUCACUGAGAACACUCGAACCAAAAAUGGGCUCUCGGGGUCAGAGUUUGACUUUUCAACUAUGUAGAAAACAGCUGCAGUGAAAUGUUUCAGUCCAUCACUGAUUGUUAUUUGACUCUUUUCCCUGCAGUGAAGCUCUGCCAUUCUUCCUCCUCCUCAUUGACCUAUCCAAGGCGUGCACACUGGCCAAAUUUGCCCUCAGCUCAAACUCUCAGGUAAGAGUCACACUGUUGUUUUUCCUGUGUUUGUGUAAAAUACAGCUGAAACAGCCUGUUGUUUAAUACUAAAGAUAUAACUGAAUGAUCACUGACUGGUACCUGUGUCUUGUGUACAGGAGGAAGUGAGGGACAAUAUCUCCCAGGGCAUGGCCAUCCUGGGUCCCACCUUCACCCUGGAUGCUCUGGUUGAGUGUCUGGUUAUUGGGAUUGGCACCAUGUCAGGUAAAUACUUGUUUUUCCUUCUGGUCUUAUCCACAGUUAGAGAAAAUAAAAGUGAAUUUAUGGAAAAGGGACAUGAUUUUUUUGGUGUCAGAAACCUUCAAGUGUCCAUCUGUAGUCCGUGUUGAACCCCCUAGUGGUGAUUCACUCAGAAACUAAUUCACAUGCAGAACAAAAGGAGAUGAAAACCAGCAAUCCUGUAACCAAACAGAAGUCACCUGACCGCAGUUCAAGUCUCUUUAAACAGACAUCAGGAUAUAUACGUAUGUUUGCACCUUACAUUCAGUUUGUAUACGUGGCCCCUCAACUCAGACUCUGCCCUCUUUGUACAGUCAUACUGUAAACAACGGUCAGCUGACAGAUGAAGUAGGUGUUGACUGGGGGUGAUCUUUAGAGAUACCAGAAGAACAAAUAAUUUUGUUGUUUCCACAGAGGACCUCGCAGAUUUGUUUCAAACUCAUGUUUAAACACAGACCGUGUUUUCUGUUGUCUCUCAGGUGUGCCUCAGUUGGAGAUCAUGUGCUGUUUUGGCUGCAUGUCCGUCCUGGCCAAUUACUUUGUCUUCAUGACUUUCUUCCCUGCUUGUGUCUCCCUCGUCCUGGAGGUAAGGAUGAUACGAAACAAUUUGUCUGGAAUAAGGACAAGUUCCUGUCAUGCUCAUAAGAAUUUUGUGUCUGUGCGUUGGAAAGCUGUCCAGGGAAAGCCGCGAGGGCCGUCCGAUCUGGCAGCUGAGCCAGUUUUCUUGCGUUCUGGCUGAAGAAGAGGACAACAAGCCCAAUCCUGUGACACAAAGGGUCAAAAUCAUCAUGGUGAGUCUGCAACCCGCUCUGAUACCGCCACUCUCUCAAUCACGGCGCUCGAGUCAAGAUUCCUUCUCACAUACUGAGUCAAACGCAAAAUAACCUUCACUGAAGCCUUCGUAUACGCAGACUCAUUUUUAAGGGGGAACACGGUCCAAUCACAGAGCUGAGCUGGCCUACAAAUAUUUAACCAUGUCAGUGUACGAACAGUGGUUCCAGAUUCUUGGUACCAAACCUGAACCUGACCACCACCAGGAACUAAACCAAUUGUAACUGGUGUCCUGUGGUCCUCAAUCAAACAGCAUUAAACCUCAAAAGAGGAGCCGACAAACAUGAUGAUGAAAUAAAGUGAAAUUGAGCAAGUGCUGGUGUUGGAUUAAAUUUCAUAUUCGUAUUAGAUCAUUCAAAAUGUGAUCAAGUCAGGGGGUUUUAGAAGUACUCCUGAUACUUAAACUAGUCCUGAAAACCUUGGUCUUCCUUGUCCGAUCCUGACUCUAACUGUAGUUUCUUGAUGUCCUCAGUCUCUGGGCUUGGCUUUGGUUCACGCUCACACUCGCUUAGCUGCUGAGAAUCCAGGUCACAAUCGCACAGCUGACGGGCCCAUUGUGAAGAGGCUGGACUCUGCUGGCCCGAUGCUGCCUCUGAAGCUCACCAGGUAGACGCCUCAAACAAUGAGAACAUUUUGAAUUCCCAGUGUAACCCACUCACACCUGACUGUCCCUCCUCCUCUCCCUUCUCUUGUCAGUAUGGAUCUGGAGCAGGUCAUCACACUCGGUCUUGCUCUCCUCCUGGCUGUAAAGUACGUUUUCUUCGAGCAGACGGAGACAGAGUCCUCCUUUUCCCUGAAGAGUCCAAUCAUCAGCUCUCCUUCGACUCAGAGGCCCAGAGUAACAGGAGACUGCUGCAGGAGGGACCUUCCAGCCUUGAACUCUCCGAAGAUCACCAACAAUAUUUCAGCAUCCAGCUCUUCAUCCUCAUCUGUGUCAGACUCUGGAGCUUCACAUGAGGCUGACGCAGGGUUCAGAGAGAAAGGUGAGACUCAGCAGGAGUCCUGCUCCUUUCAAUAAAACCUGCACUCGCUGAUAAACACAGAUUUCUGAUUUCUGUUUGUAUGCAGAUUCCUGUACGACAGAGGACACUCAGCCUCCAGCAGCAUCAGCAGAGAACGACCUCGAUCCUUCAGGUGUAACAGACGCCCCUUCCCCAGCACCUGUUUCACAAAGUAGCUGUAACUCAGAGCCACGGAUGCUGGAGGAGUGUCUGAGAGUCCUCUCAGAUCCUCAGGUGAGCUGAUAAAACACCUUCAGUCCUGUUUCAGCUGAAGCAGGGUUCCCACCGAUCCUUAAAAAGUCUUAAAAGGCAUUAAAUUUGUGAAUCUAAAAUCAAGGCCUUAAUUGGCAUUAAAAUGUCCUAAAUCAAUCUUUCAAAGGUCUUAAAAAUGAAAAGUUGGAUUUUAUGAUUGUAAAAAGUCUCAGAACUCAAAAUAAAUGGUAACAUUUAAUUUUUGAAAUAAUUCACCAAAUGACUGUUGGAGUAACAUCGCGCAAUCACGAUAGCACAACAAACAAAACAGUGAUGUGAUUGCACCCGGGACUCUAAGAGAAGAUGCACGUCAUUCAUAUUUUCAUUUUAAGCAUUUUCAUACAUACAAAAUUCAUUUAACAAACGUAGCACAACACCAGACCGCAAGGGAGCAGGUAGAAAACAAAGCUUAUGUACCUGCCCCUCACUCAAAACAGAAAUAAACAUUACAUAAGAUGGUCUGUCCACCUUCGGUUAUUUUCCUUUAACUUUACAAACAAUAUCACAACCCGCAUAAAAGGAAACAAAUAAACAAAGGCAAAGUCUGCGUCCGCUUCAGAACAUAUGCAUAUUACAAAACAUUAUUCGUCAGCUUCAUAGUUUAUUGUUAUACUUUCUUUAUACUUGGUGUUAAACUGAAAUAUGUUUGUGCAGCCCUUUAAAUUAUUCUGUAGGGAGUUCCACAUUUUAACCCCAAUCACGGAAAUACACAUCUGUCUUAAUGUAGUUACUUUAGAAACAUGAUUAUGUUUAUAUUCAGCGAAAACUGGCAGAACCAGGAUUUUUCUAAAUGGCUGAAAGUGGUACCUGGUAAUGCGUACGAGGCACAGUGUAUUUGUCUUUAUUGUAAUGUAAAAUUUUAUUUCAGACCCAGUUCGUCCAUAUCAUACAAAAACAAUACAAAUAUUGUGGAUUUGGUCUUAAAAUUUACUUUCAAACGGCACUAAAAAAAAGUGAAAAAAUUUUGAAUUUCACUCGCUUUUAGCUGUAGGAACCCUGUUAAGGUUGAGGGAUUAAAAGGUUUCCCUUUUUACUGCUCUAUAGAAAGGAGCCAGUUUUCUGAGCGAUAUAGAAGUGAUGAACCUUGUGGCUUCUCGCAACAUCCUGAACUACAAACUGGAAUGCGUCCUGGAGACUCCUGAGAGGGGCGUCGCCAUCAGGAGGGAAAUGCUGUCGACCAAACUGCCUGUUUCCUCCGCUUUGACUGGGCUGCCGUAUAAGGACUACGACUACUCCAAGGUACAGAGACAGAUGUAAAAGUUGUGUUUGUUUUCGUUCUGCUUUAAUGGAGUGAUUAAAACUCCAGCUUGUUACUCUGAAGGUUAUGGGCACCUGCUGUGAGAAUGUCAUUGGAUACAUGCCGGUGCCAGUUGGAGUGGCCGGUCCUCUCCUGUUGGAUGAUAAACAGUUUCACGUCCCCAUGGCGACCACAGAGGGCUGCCUGGUAGCCAGUACCAACAGAGGAUGCAGAGCUCUUUCUGUAAGUGAACGUUUCUGUUUUUUUUAUUUCUCCUCAUGUUGACCGGGAGUGUGAGUUUUCACUGUCUCGGUUGAUUUUCCCGUCCAGUUAAGUGGAGGCUGCCGGAGCAGGAUCCUCGCUGACAGCAUGACCAGGGGACCUGUGGUGAGGCUGCCUUCAGCGUGCCGGGCCGCAGAGGUCAAAGUCUGGCUGGAGACCUCAGACGGUUUUAACCUGAUCAAGGAUGCCUUUGACCAGACCAGCAGGUCAGAAAAAAUACAGCAGAAGACGAAAAACGAGCAAAAUAUCAGAGAGUCUGACAGAGAGACUCUUUAAAGAAAAGCUCUUUAGCUGCUCUUACUGUCAGUAUGUUUACAUGACACUUGAGAAAACCGAAUUAUUGCCUUCCUUGAACAAGACCGGACAACUGAAGCGCAUGUAAACACCUCAGUCCAGUGGUUCCCAAACUUUUUCUGCCAGGCUUUGGCAGAUAAAAAUAGUUUCAGGCCCCCCUACACCUGACUGUACACAUCAUCAUGUUGAUGAAAAAUAUGUGAAUGUAUAAAAAGAACACACUGUCCGUCACAGACUGCUAUUGUUUUUCCAUUUUACCUCAACAAAACUUCAAACUUUCGUGGAAAUAACAAUAGCAAUAGCAUUUAACCAUUUUUUUAAAUUCUGCAUCUCUGAAGAUGAACAAUUUGCAACAAUCAUAUUUUCUUGACUUUUUUUCUAGUAUUUUCUGUUUUCGUGUCAUUGUCAUUUUAUAUUUAGCCUUGCCGCGCCCCUCCUGGGAACCACUGCCUAAGUCCGGAGUUUGAGAACUCUGAUGGAGUCGGAGAACACCGUUUAAGACACCCAGAUAAUUCGAUUGGAAUUAGAUUUCUCUACCAUGUAACCAGCGUAGUCGGAGUAUGAUUGGACAAGACAUGUGUAUGUGACCCCAGAAUAAGUUUGCAGUAUCAUUUAAAGAACUUACGACUCAGAAGCAACUGCAACAUGGCUGAAGCAUGAAAGAAUGUCCACUUUUGGAAUGAUGAGGAGAGUGCCGUUAUGCUUUCCGUCCUGACAGAAAUGGACAUUUUAAAGUAGAUGGACGGUCACAAAACGAGGAACGGAAACAUCUUUGAAAAAGGUCUGGAAACAGCGCCGCUGAAAAGACCCAAAUUUCCCCCUAGUUUUGGGGAGGAGGACACGUUCACGUCAAUAAUUCGAUUUUCUCAGCUGCAUGUAUACGCGGACAAGGAGAGAAGUCUGACUCGGUGAAAAAAAACGAAUUAUGAGCUUUAUCCGAUUAAGCAGUGCAUGUAAACGCACUGAGUGUUGAUAAUAAUAUGCUUUUGUGGUGGUAGGUUUGCUCGUCUGGAGAAGCUCUUGGUGAACUUAGCCGGGAGGAAUCUGUACAUCCGCUUCCAUUCUCAGACUGGAGAUGCUAUGGGAAUGAACAUGCUCUCAAAGGUACAAACACAUCCUCGAUGCAGAUUCUCCUCCCAAGUCCUCCUGCUCAGAUGCUCCUUUUUUUCCUGUUUGUACUGAUGGAGGUUUGUUUUCCUCUCAGGGGACUGAGCGUGCUCUGUACAGACUGCAGCAGCUGUAUCCAGACAUGGAGGUGCUGGCAGUUAGUGGAAACUUCUGUACUGACAAGAAGUCUGCUGCUGUAAACUGGAUCCUGGGCCGGGGGAAGUCUGCUGUUUGUGAGGCCACCAUCCCCGCUAAGGUGGUCAGGGAGGUACAGAGCUUUUUAAAAAGCUAUUUGCCUUUUUAUCUCAAUGUUUGUUUGUUUUGAAAAUAACAUAUUUAAACACUUGGUCAAUGUAGGUGUUAAAAAGCAGCACAGCCGCUCUGGUGGAGCUCAACAUCAACAAAAACUUGGUGGGUUCAGCUAUGGCGGGCAGCAUCGGAGGCUUUAACGCUCACGCUGCAAACAUCGUAGCAGCCAUCUACAUCGCCUGUGGACAGGUAACCUUUGAACACCAGUGUCCACUUUUCCUCACAUUAAAUCACUCCCUAACUUUGGUUACUGUGCUACUACAGAAUGUGUUCCCAUAGUAACGUCUCCUGUCUUUAAGAAAACCCUGAUGACUAACAGACUGAUGUGUUUCAGGACCCCGCUCAGACUGUGGGAAGCUCGAACUGCAUCACUCAGAUGGAGCCUGCCGGUCCAGACGGGGAGGACCUGUACAUCAGCUGCACCAUGCCCUCCAUAGAACUAGGAACUGUGGGAGGAGGCACCAACCUGCCGCCUCAGCAAGCCUGUCUGCAGGUAAAGUUGGUCUGACAUUGACUGAGAACAUCUGAGGCAGGAUUAUGAUUUGUGCUUCCACAAGGUGGCACUGUUGCCAAGGAGACACAUCAGGCUGUAAAUGUCCAGGGAGGUGUACGCCUCAUAGUUGUUCAGUAUUGCAGUGAGAAAAGCAACGCCUCUGCCUAAACAUGUCCACUCCUGCACAACAGUGAGUCAUCUUCAGAAAAGAGAAACCACAGGAGACUCCAGCUGCCGUAAUUAACGUCCAUAUUAAAGGAUCAACACGUAGCUUUUUACCAAUCAGGAAUUCACUGGGGAGAAUGUUGUCGUUCCUCUGUGAUCGUGUCACCAAACAGCUGUCCUCCUCUUCCUCUUCAGAUGCUCGGCGUUCAAGGUACAAGUUUAGACCAGCCCGGUGAAAACGCCCGGCAGCUUGCCCGCAUCGUCUGCAGCACUGUGCUGGCGGGAGAGCUCUCCCUGAUGGCUGCUCUCGCUGCUGGACACCUCGUCAAGAGUCACAUGACCCACAACAGGUUCGGUUUUUCACUUGUUUUUUUUUUUUCUCAUUUUUUGAGAUUUGUCCCUCUGUGAGUGCUGACUCUGCUCUCUGUUUGUUUGCAGAUCUAAAACUAACCUGACAGAAUCACCUUCAUCGGAGUCAGCCGCAUGACACCGACUGUCGUUGGAUCUUCAGGCGGAGUGAUUGCUGUAGCUUCAAAUCUGUGAGCACUCAGAGGAUUCAGUCUCCAGAUGAAAUGGUUCAAAGUUCAGCGGGUCUAAAGGCUGGAAACGAGGCCAAACACACGACCAGUAUGUGCUUACUCACAUCUCUCCUGACGAUUUGCACAAAGAGACUUUUCGAGUCGAGAUGUUACGCCACACUUAUUUAUUUGUGCCAUUUGUCUGCAGCUGAACACUAAGGCAGAGCUUGGAGAACUUUUUUUUUUUUUUAAUCGUUUCUGGUACCGACCUUUGAGACAAACUGUGAAUAAUUGAUGUGGAUCGGAUUGGUAAAAUCCACCUCGCUGCACAAAGUCAUGAAUGAGUGUCCUGUGCCUCUCAGAGCCAAACGGCUUUUCCUGUAGUACGAAGAAGAGAAACCAGAACGAAAAACUCCCGAUUGGUUUACCCGUCUAAAAGUUUUUUGAUCAGAUUAAGACCAUCAAAUCAGAACAAAUCUGAAAACCGGGUUUUUCUAAAGAGGGUAAGAACUAAGAAAAAUAGGAUCAGAUCAGGUGAUCCGGUCUGGAUUUAUAUCCAGAUUAUAUCAGGAUGAACCUUAAUGUGUAACUGGAACAACUUUGAUCCAACUUUACUUUUGUACAUUCACAACUGAAUUCUUAAAUUAUUUCUGCACUUUUUUUUUUUUAAUAAACUAACAAGGUCAAAGGUAAAUCUGACUUAAGUCUCAUAAAGUUACAGGUCUUUUCUCAUAAAUUUAGAACAUAUCUCAUUUAUUUAAGUCUUUAUUCUCGCGAAUUACCUCAUUUUGGUUCCUUAAAACUGUAUUCUCAGAGAAAUUUCAAACUUUUUCUCAGAUUAAAGUUGAUUUUGAGAUUAUUCUGAUAAAUUUACAACUUUAAUCUGAGAAAAAGUCUUAUUCUUUUACUCAUAAAUUUAGACCUUAUGUUGUAAAUUUACAACUUCAAACAGACUGUUCCUGAAAUACAGCUCUAUUCUCGUAAAAAUUGAAGAAAUUUUCUCAUUAAAAUUGUCAUAAAUUUACAACUUUAAUCUGAGAAAAAUUCUCAAUCUUUUACUUAUGAAUUUAGACCUUCUUUUGUGAAUUUACAACCGUAAACUAACAGACUCUUUUAAUAUACAACUCCAUUCUCAUAAAAAAGAAAAUCUCAUUAAAAUUCUCAUAAAUUUACAACUUUUUGUCCUAAAUAUUAAACCUCUCUCGUAAAUCUGAGGCUUUUAUUUUGAAAUCUUCUUAUCUGUUCUUAUUAAAACAACCCUCUUACUGUUACACUGAUGAAGCUUUAACUACAAUCAUCAAAUAUUGUAUCAAAAGUGUUUGUCAGUAUCAGUUUGUUGUGCCCCUUGUGGACUAAGUGUGUACUACACAGUCCCUCUUAGCGCUCCAAUGAUCUUGAACGGCUGUAGCUGGAUCUGUCAGUCGGAUCACCUGAAUCUGAGUCCUGUCCUGGGUUUGUUCUGACUCUGAUCUUUCCAUUUGCCAAAAGUUUGCGGAGUCAGCGCUCUUCCUGCUUUAGCUGAGGAUUGUCUCGCCAACUGUCCGCCUGAAUGUACGUGUUCCUGAGUCGGUGUUGUGGGUUUUCCCCUUUUCUUGAAUCGCGGUGCUACUGUAUACUGUGUAUACUGUAGGAUGACUGUGGCUGCUGGAGAUAAAGAGAUUUUUUUUUUUAAUGUUUGGACGAAGAGGACCGGGAAUCAAAGCCAUAUUAACUUAUUCAGACUUUUCUUUUUCUGGUAUGUUUUGAACCUUUUGGAGGAUUUAAGGACUAAGCAGACUCCAGAUUUUGUCCUUUUUGAAAAGCGAUGAAGUGGCCUUACUUACUGCUCGUCCAGGAGAAGUUCAGCCAUAGCAUGAUCUAGAUAGAAUAAUGAAUUCAAAGCUCUAAAUCUGAAAAGAUUGUACUGUUUAUUUAAAAAAUAAAUAACACUAUGCUCCA